GUAUUAUCCUGGGAGGGACAUGAUUUCGAAUCUUUGUCAGGCUUCGACCAAGACUGACAAGGUUCGGCAGCAGCUCCUGCAGCCGCGCCAGUGCCGUGGGUGCCGCGGCGACUGGACGCGGUACAACACUCUCUCCCUCCAGCAGCAGUGUUGUCCCCGCCAGACGUACGACUCGGGUGCCAAGGCCGCUCACUUCCUAUAUUCUUGAACUUUUUUUCAUAGCCUUCCGGAAUCCCACUCAUCAAACCCAACGGGGCACCUCUUAUCAAGAAACAAGUAAAAUAUACUCUCUAAAGUGAGAUCUUGUGGGUUCAGGUCGAUGCUGAUGGUGUGAGAGAGGAAGAGAGCGGCGAGGGGAGGAGAGCGGGAGGGUGUGGGGCUGCAGGAGGCGGGUGCCGGGUGGAGGACUAGAGGUUCGGAGAUGCGUGUCGUUGUGGCGGUGGUGGUGACAGCACGCUCGGGGUCUGCUCUCCCCCGCCCUGGUUCGCGGUAAGUUACACUCCACCUUGCUCCCGCGCAGACACACACACACACCAGGUAGCCGUGUGUAUCGUGCUCUGAAAACAGUGUCGCGUGUGUUAGCGGGGAGUGGCGAGCGAGGGCGGCCUCCGGGAGGGGUUAUUUGUGAGAAAAGCAUGAUGUUAUGACGGCAAGGUCCACGGCCCACACCAACAACGGAGAGCACAACAGCACACACGAAUGCAAACUGUGAUAACAUUCAGCCAAAGGGAAAGAGGACUGUGAGGAGUGGACGAAGCUCGGGAGACGCCAGUGUCGGGGCGGCUCUCUGCAAGCCAAGAGUGACGAACACAAAAUCAGUGCGUGAAGGUGAUGCUGCAGGGCGGUCGGCGGUGCAGCAGUGCCAGAGGGAGGCCUGAGAGGAGCCGAUAACACGGGCCCACCCAUUCACGCCCCUGCAGCCAGCACUACGCGGUCUGCAGCUAAUGAGUGAGGCGAAACUGGCUGGCUGUUUCCCUCCAUAAGUGACGUGUGACUGGUCACAGACAGGGCGAGAACAGCCCAGCCCAGUGCCCCAAGCUGGCCCGCGUGUCAGCCCCGUGUGGACGAUAUAUGUUCCUUGAGUGAUUCACAUUGAGUGUUACCCAACGGAGUGAAGCCAUUAGUGUGAAAUCUUGCCACAGAAAGGAAGCCUUGUGGGUGGUGAAGGUGCCAGUCGAUGACAGAUGAUGCUGCAGUUGUCCGAGGCAGCCGUCACCGCCGCGCCGCACUGGAGGAGAUAGUCCACCGUCCAUGAGAGUGUGGAGGCCGCGCACGGCGGUACCUGGGCGGCGGGAGCUGAGACGGGCGGCCGCUGCUCAUGACGCACCAGCCCAGCACUCCCUCGGCCCCUCACGCGCCCCCGCGGCCUUUAUAUGUUGUUACGGACGGUAGGCCGGUGCACGAGAGGGCGCCCGAGCGCGGUGUAGUGGACACCGGCCGGUAGUGUAUAGCGAGUGUAGUGAUGACGACCCUCUGUAGCACCCCAGAGUCUCUGCCCUCCCCCAGGGCGGCCGACGCGGCCCCGGGGUUCACACCCCAUGCUGACCCUGAGCCAAGACCCUUCGACAACCCUCCCUUCCCUUCCGAGACCACCUCCGCCUCGUACGCCAAGAAUGACAGUGACUACGAAGUGCCCUUCUUCACCGUGGCGCACUACCGCACCCCGACGGCGCCUACCACUUACGAGUACGCGGCCCCCCACGCCUUCCCCGAGGGCGCGGGCGAGGCCCUCUACAACGGAGGCUGUGACCCCUCCCUCAUGUCCCCUGUGGAGUUAGCCUUCGGCACCAACAUGACGGACUCCGGUCGGUGGUGGCGACCCGACUCCUCCCACGACAACAUCUCCGGCCAUACCCCAGCCCGCUCCCCCGUGGGCUCCUCCGCCCUGCCACUGGGCCACCCGCCUCGCCCUGAGCCCGACUGCACUCCGCCGCCGCACCCUCCGGGCACUUUCAUUCGCCGCGUGUAUGGCUCCCACGACCGCACACCCGUGGGCUGUCUGCACGCCGCCGCCGGGACGACUACGCGCGGCCACAAGCCGCCGCCCCUCAAGUCACCUCACGCUGAAAAACUUGACCGAAACGCCGCACGGAGCGGCCGCACCCACGACGACAUGCCCGUCAGGGGCAGCGUGGAGUUCGUCCUUGACAUGCCGGUGCGAACCCCAAGCAGGAGCAGGAGCGGGUCUCGGCGGGGAGCCACGACCCCCAGCAAGCGGACCACGCCCACCACGCCUGGCGCACCAGAUGACGAGACGGCCUCGGCCGGCAAGGUGGGAGGCGAGGAGGCCAGAGGUGGUGCACAGCAGGACGGUGGCAGUGGGCGCCAGGAAAGAGUGAAGGCGGGCACUGCCGCCAAGGAGGGCCACUCGGCGGUGGACGGGGGCGGCAUGGAUACCAGCGGGGUGUACGAGGACGCCGGGGUGAGUGACGCAGCAGACAGACUCGAGUCUGCCAUCCAGUCCAGCUCGUCCUCGGAGGUGGUGGCCACUCCCAGGACGCCCCGCACCCCACGCACCCCCAGGAGCAAGUCCAGGGAGCCGUCCUUCUGCCUGGAGCUGGAGGACGACGAGUACCCCAAGACGGAGACGGAGUACAUGUCGCUGCUCCACGCUAAGAUAGCCGAGGCUCACGAGCGCCAGCUGCUGCCCCUGAAGGAGGACCUCGCCGACUGGCUGUCCAAGCUGCUGGGCGUGGACGACCUCACCGCGGAGACCCUGAUCGCCAAGCUGGACAACGGCGUGUACGUGUGUCGCUUGGCGGAGGUGAUCUCGCGGCGGGCACAGGAGGCGAGAGACAAGGGCACCUCCUCCCUGGAGGUCCCACGGCUGCCCUACAAGACCUGGGAGAGGGCCCGCAGCGGCACUUUCUUCGCGCGGGACAACAUCUCCAAUUUCCUGCGCUUCUGUCGCCGCCUUGGAGUUCACGACAACCUCCUCUUUGAAACCGAAGAUCUGGUAUGUCACACCGGGGCGCGCGGCGUGGUGCUGUGCCUGCUGGAGGUGGGCCGCCUGGCGCAGGGCUGGUGGGGACUGGAGCCGCCUGGGAUCAUCAAGCUGGAGCGGGAGAUGGACGGCGAGGAGUGGUCUGGCAGGUCUGACAGCGGGUACUCCAACACCUCCUCCCCCCGUGGCUCCACCCUGACGCUGCACCCCGCCGCGCCCAGCCCGCCCGCCGCUGACCACACCAAGCUGCCCAGGCCGCUGUCCGCCCCGGGUCACCUGCCCCUCGUGCCCCGCCUCGUGCUGCCCAACACCUCCACACACACGCAGACCGAGACCCCGCCCUCCGCUGCCCCCUCACACACGCCCAGGUCAAGCAUCCCGCGCCCGGCCAAGCCCACGCCACCGCCCAAGCCCGCCUCCAUCAGGAGAGCCGUGUCUAACUUGGCGCGGCGCCCCACCAGCAUCCCCUGCAAGUCAAGGUCAGACAGAGGGUGGUCGGGCGCCAAGACAACCCCCACCACCCCCGUCACCACCCCAACCCACUCCGCCAAGCCCCGCCUCCCCUCGGCACGCACCCCCCGCUCCUCGGGCCGCUCCACCCCCAACACCACACCCACCACGCCCACGCACUGUCGGCGCUACAUCUCCUCCCUGCAGCGGACGCCAGCCUCCGCGCCCCCACGCCCCCUGCCAUUAUCCCGCCCCACCUCCAGGCCCUCCUCCAAGCCUCCCUCACGCUCCCCCUCUAUCUGCAGUCGCCUCCAGGAGUGCUACAACACCGUCCAAUCAGAUAGUGUUACUGAAGCUCAGAGAACUGAUCUCGAUAACAAGGUUCUAGAUAUUGCCAACCAUACUCGAGAUUACUGUGGCUGCAAGGAUGAUGACUGCCGGAAGUCUCACGUCAAGAGGGUAGCGGAUGGCAAGUAUGAGAUCUGUGGAAAAAACGUCUAUGUACGGAGUAAUUCAUCCUCACUCAAGACCUUUGCCCAAGGGAGCAAACCAUCCAGCAGACCUCUCUCUCCCUGCGGCCAGCAUAUACACUGCCACACAGUGGAGCAGUUCUUAGCAAGAAUCUCACUCUCUAAGGCACCAGCCAGGAUCUUCCAUUGUCCUCGUGUUUGUGACUCGUACUGGACAAAGCGCUGCCUGUCCCCUUCUGUUUUUCGUAAAAAUACGCCCAGAAAGUCUGCUGUGAGGCUUCACAUCCCCAAGUCCACCUCCAGGAAGGGCAACGUCCCAGAUCAAUUAGAUAACGGCAGAAUCCCAGUAACACCUGCAAUGGUCACCACUUCUCUAGAGCCAUAUCUGCUGAAGGGGAAGCAUGUCAUGGUAAGGGUCGGGGGCGGCUGGGACACACUGGAGCAUUACCUUCUUCGCCAUGACCCCAAACAGGUGACUGUAUUUAACCUCAAGUCUGCAGAACCAUUCCUACACAUUCGUGCCAAAUACUGUUCUCCAACAAACUCUGGAGCAUCUUCCAUCCGAGGCUCCCCAACACAUUCCCGAGCCACGCCCAGCAGGGUGACUGCAUCUGGAGACCCUUCCUCUGGGAACACCUCAUCAGAAGGCACACCACCUCCCCCAUCAGAGCCUGAAGUGCCAACCUCUCCACCUGCUGUGUCUUCCAUGCCUGCUGCAGAGAGUAGUGCUUCUGUUACAGACGUUGCUAAUGCAGGCAAAGAGUGUUUUAUCCCCUCUGAUGAAAGUUCCAUAAUGAGUGUUGAAGAAAGACCUCCAUCUAUUUGUGAAUCAAGAGGAGCAUCUUUCAUUUCUCUCUCAAACAGUGGACCCACAGAUCCUGAGUCUUUUUAUUCACUUGAAGAUCAUUCUAAUGCAGCCGCUGCAAGUGUUUGCUCAGAAUCAAAUUCUUUCAAAGAUUCUAGUCCAACUAUAGUUGCAAGGCCAAUCAUCAAUUCAGCCACAUUUUCUGUAGAAAAUCAUGAUUCAGAUGAUCCUCUGCAUUCAAUAAUUCAAGCAUCACAUUCAAAAUGUCCCUCAACAUCCUCAGCUUUUUCUUUUGUAUCAGACUCCACCAACUCAGAUAUGUCACCCAAAGUGACUCCACCACCAACUCCUUCCACAUUCUCCACACCCGCCUAUGUCACGUCUGCCCCACUGGACGCAUCACUAGCCACAAAUGGCAGCACCACCUCCCUGGGCACACCGCUGCCUCCUGAUGAUGAGAUGUAAAUGCUAAAUGAUCCUGAGGGACAAACAGAGGUUAUAGUCUGCAUUCCUGUGCAAUUUUUGUCAAGUUUAGAAAUUUUGUGACAAAGCACUAUGAAGUUAUUAAUUGAAACAAAACACUAUAUAAAAAGUAUUUUUGACUUAUUUUUUAUUCAAUCAGAUGUUUUUGUGGCCUAAGUCUUCAUGAAUACAGCAGUAAACUUAUAACAUUCAGAUUUAUGUUCAGUGAGUUACCUAUUGAUCAAGUAUGAUGACAUGAUCAUGACUGCAAAGUCCUGAUAAAUUCUGGAGGUCACUUGUUCAUGCAAUGAGAUCAGCAGACUUCAGAAAUAUGUACUACCCUUAUAUUUUAACAUAGCUAAUAAAUAUGCUGGAUCAGCUCAUAUUGUUUCCCAAUGGAAAUAGGAGUAAUAAUAACUAUUGUAUUCUGUUCACCAUUAUUGGCUGGAAUCAAUGGCCUUUGUUCUGUAUAGGUCCAUACAGUUACAAUAUACUUAAAUUUUGUUACAUAUCUUUGAUGAACAUUCUUGUUUCCGGGAGUAAAGUUAAGUGCUUUUUGUUGACCUCCACUAAAUGCAGAAUCCCUUCCCUCAGUGUGCCACAGGCUUCAUGUGGACACAACCCCAAGAGACUCUUCAUCCAUCAUUCAACUCUUCAUUUAUACAUGCGACACAUGGUCACUGUGUUGGACUAUAACUAUGAAACAAUAAUGAGAUUAAGCCUUUUGCCAUCAUUUAUUUAUGUAUAUCCAGUAAAAUUGACUUUUGUAACUACAAAUAUAUUGAUACAGAUUACAUAGUUGUGAAGGCUGUCUGUGGUCACUUGUGGCUCUGUGAUAUACCAGUGAGGAUCCUCAAACUGAUGCUUAGCAAGGCUCGGUUGAAGCCUCAACAUAAAGUCCACUGGGCUGUACCAGUUUGAUCAGUAUUGUAUUGUUUCCACACUACUCAUAUUGCUUAUUGCUCAUUAGACUUAUCUCAAAGAAUAUAGUUCUAGUUUAGAUAUAUAUAUAUAUAUAUAUAUAUAUAUAUAUAUAUAUAUAUAUAUAUAUAUAUAUAUAUAUAUAUAUAUAUAUAUAUAUAUAUAUAUAUAUAUAUGAGGUAAUCACUAAUAACUACAUCAUACUUAAAUGUUGGCAGAGUGCUGCUACUAGGAGCACAAAUGAUGCAUAAUUACAGAUGCACGUGUCCAAUAAUAAUAUCUGUUGGUAUAUUUGUGCAGACCCAUUUUCAUUGUCACUCAUUAAAGGAAACUAGAGAUGCAGAUUUUUACAUAAAUGGUUUAGGAUGUUUUCUAACUUUGAAGAGGAGCUGAGAAGGUGUACUUUUUGCAGGAUAUUUUAUUGAGUGUUUGGGAUAAGAUGAUUUGAAGAGCAGGACUCUUGCGUAGGCUUCUUGCAACCAUUACGUUACCUCUCCUAUCAUGCAUGAACCUCCGUCACCUAGCUCAGUCCUGUAUCACUGCAGCGUCCCGCACUGCAGGUGUGGGGUGCGUCUCUCACCUUAGUAUGUGACUGACUAAUACUAUAUGAUACUUUUAUCUCCUAGAGAUCCUUACCAUUACAUUUCAUAUAUUAGUUGUUACAGUAUUUCAGAUAAAAGUUUAGUAGCCAGUAUAUGCUUCUUGCCAUAGUGCAUAAAGCUCACAGUUUCUGUAUGGAAGAUAUAUCUUGUCAUAUUUACCAAAGAAACAUAAUGAAGUCAUAAAAAUUUCUUAUUGAGGUGCAUCUAUUGUACUAUCUGUUUGAUAUGUGAUAGCCUGUUAAGUGAAUGAGUUUUGCUGCUUUGCUCUGAGUACUAUUCAUAUAUAGGAGGUCUUUUUGAGUGCAGAAUGCAUAAAGUUUCUAGUUUCUGUAUUUUUUCAAAUGUAUUCAAAGCUAUAUCAAAACCUAUAUUUGCAAAAAAAUCUAGUAUAUUUGAAGGCAUUUUUUAUGUCAAUUUAACAUAUGACUGUAGAUUCAAACGAAGUAUAUGAUGAUUGCAGAACUAGUCAUGUACACUGUCAUGAUUUCAAAGGAAAUUUACUCUUUGCAAUUUAAAUUAUAAAUUUCAAAGCAGUCUCGCACACUUAUUAUCAAUUCUAUGAAUUUUAGCAAGGAUAUAACUACUUUAUUUUAAUAUAUAUAUAUAUAUAUAUAUAUAUAUAUAUAUAUAUAUAUAUAUAUAUAUAUAUAUAUAUAUAUAUAUAUAUAUAUAUAUAUAUAUAUAUAUAUAUAUAUAUAUAUAUAUAUAUAUAUAUAUAUAUAUAUUUCAAACCAAGUUGAUUAAAAACAAACUCAACAAGCCUUUGUGUUAAUGUCUAGACAAUCUGCAUCAUACAGACUAGUUUAAUUAUAUAAAAUUAUAUGAUAUACCAAAUGAGCUUAAAAAUCAUAUCCAUCCACACAUAAUAACUCUUGAAGAAUCCUAUAAAUGAAUAGAAAUGCAUAUAUUAAAGACUAAUAUAUAAUAAGAAUGAGACACAGUAUUAUUAUCAAGAGUACACAGGUAUGAAAAAUUGUGAGAACUGGCUUCCAUUUUCUUUGUUUGUCCUUCACGUCACAGACUGCAGUGUGUUUGAGCCUCUGAGUGGGCAAAAAAUGCUUCUUAUUUCCUUCAGUGUUGCCAACAAGCCAAAACAAUUGAACAGAUCAAGAACAUAUGAUAUGAUCACAGUGUUGACUUCACGUGCUAUUGAUGACUUCUUAACAAUGACUGCAUAAAAGAUCAAUGCUCCUGGUGAGCCUUACAGUUUAUGGUUCCCUAUUGUCAUGUGGUUUAACCCUUGUGACCAAUAUAUACUAUUUUCAGUGUAUUCUUCAAAUCUAUUUUUAGAGCAAAACAAACUGAGCAAGAGAGCAUGUUGGCAACUUUGAAUACAUAACAAACUUGUUUUUUACUUUACAUUCCAUACAUGAGGACCUCUGUAUGUUGUCUGGUUCAACAUGGCCUUCAUCCCUGGGGCCUGGCAGCCCCUGCAUCCUACUGGUUUCUGUAAACAGAUGCAUCUUUGUCCAUGGUGCCCCGGGCCCAGUGAAGGCUGACGGCUCCUUGUUGGGUCAACAAUGGAUACUACAUAUUUAUUUGUGUUUAUUGCACUAAACACACUGGUUCUCAAAGUAUAUACGAUAUAAAUGUAGGAGUGUCAUAAAAAAUAUAUAUACUUUCUGGGAUAUGUGGAAUUAAGUAUAACAUAUGAAUUUUAUAUUUAAUCAUAUUUGCUGUGCAAGUGAAUAUAAAUUGAUUAAUGUUUAUUUUUUGUGGUUGUGACUGCGUGAAAUUAAUGAAGAGUGCUUGCCCAUAUAAUUUAGACUAUAUUAAAUGAUACCCACAGCCAGACAGACAAAGGACGAAGACUUCUGAACAUUCCACCGGAGAUCAGUACAAUAAUUGAGUCAAAGUGCCAAUCCCAGGUUGAUGUUGAAGUUGUUGUUCUAUUAUGUGAUGUCAAGUGAUGGGGUCUGUUGUAUAUUGUAUAUCCACCACGAAAUAGAAUGUAAGACUUUGAUUAAGGCCCAGACUUAAUUGUGAUAAAUGUAUGGAUGAAUGUAUGCAGCAAUAUAUAUGGCGAAUUUAUGUGAAACUAAAUUAUGAAAAUAUUACAGGAAUAUGUAUAGGAUGACUUUAGAUGGACUGCUCACAUGCUGUAAGAGAUACAUACACAAUGUAAUAUAAUUUCUAAAACAAAAUGUCAAAAUCUAUCAUGUCCCUCAUGGAUGAGUUCCUUGCCACAUUGUUCUCAGCACGAGGCACAAAAACAGAAAGGGUGCACAUCAUCUUCGUCCACUUUUAAUGCUGCUGCACCAAACGGUGGCCAAGGGGCUGGCAAGCAUGUGAAAUGGGGGACAUAUUAUUUGUUUCAGUAAAUCACAUCUCUCCGUGGUUGUUAUAACAAUAUACAACGCGUCACUGCAGAUGAAUGGACACCUGCACUUCACUGCUACAGCCUCUCUAAAUGUGCUGUAAUAAGCAGGUGCUGCAUCAUUUAGGGACAAGAAUGGAUGUAAUCUUACCUUGGUUAAUCUGAGUGUAAAGAUAAUUUCCUAAAAUCAAUUGCAACUUGAGGGUAACAUUUGGAUUUUUAAUGUGAAUUUAUGUGUUGAGACUUUUCAGUAUUGCCUUGUCACAAAUAAAGCUCGUGCUUUAAAAAUCAGAUUAACAAAGGAACUACAAAAUGUACGCAUGUAGGUCUUUGCUGUAAGAAUCUGGGCUUAGUAAAGUUAUUUUGUACAGUUUAAUUGUGCCAUGAAUUUUUACAUUUACACAUACAAGGAAAUGUUACUCUGUGUUUUAUAACUGUUUACUGCACAAACUUUCCCUUACAUUGAACAUCUUCUGACCCAAGGCAUUCUGAUCACAUCUUCAAUUUCAUGUUAUUUAUUUUAGCCUAAUAAAUUGAAACAUAAAAA